UCCCCGCGCGCCGGUGCCCGCUGCUCUCGCUGCUCCUUCCCCUCGGCUCCCCGGCGGCCGCAGCAUGAAGUGGCGCAGCGAUGGCCAGGAGAGGUAAGAAGCCUGUGGUGCGGACGCUGGAGGAUCUGACGCUGGACUCGGGUUAUGGUGGCGCGGCGGACUCGGUGCGCUCCUCCAACUUGUCCCUGUGCUGUUCCGACUCGCACCCGGCGUCCCCGUAUGGCGGGAGCUGCUGGCCGCCUCUAGCUGACUCCAUGCACAGCCGGCACAACAGCUUUGACACCGUCAACACUGCCCUGGUGGAAGACUCCGAGGGGCUGGACUGCGCCGGCCAGCACUGUUCGCGGCUGCUGCCGGACCUCGACGAGGUCCCCUGGACCCUCCAGGAGCUGGAGGCGCUGCUGCUGCGCUCGCGGGAUCCCCGGGCAGGCCCGGCGGCCCCCGGCGGCCUGCCCAAAGACGCGCUGGCCAAGCUGUCGACGCUGGUGAGCCGGGCGCUGGUACGCAUAGCCAAGGAGGCGCAGCGCCUGAGCCUGCGCUUCGCUAAGUGCACCAAGUACGAGAUCCAGAGCGCCAUGGAGAUAGUGCUGUCCUGGGGCCUGGCGGCGCACUGCACGGCGGCCGCGCUGGCCGCGCUGUCCCUCUACAACAUGAGCAGUGCCGGCGGCGACCGCCUGGGCCGCGGCAAGUCAGCGCGCUGCGGCCUCACCUUCUCUGUGGGCCGCGUGUACCGCUGGAUGGUGGACAGCCGCGUGGCGCUGCGCAUCCACGAACACGCCGCCAUCUACCUGACAGCCUGCAUGGAGAGCCUCUUCCGGGACAUCUACUCGCGGGUCGUGGCCUCCGGGCUGCCCCGGAGCUGCAGCGGCCCUGGCCCGGGCUCCGGCUCGGGCCCGGGCCCGGGCUCCGGCUCCGGCCCCGGCACGGCCCCCGCGGCGGAUAAGGAGCGGGAGGCACCCGGAGGGGGAGCGGCGAGCGGCGGCGCCUGCAGCGCAGCCAGCAGCGCCAGCGGGGGCAGCAGCUGUUGCGCCCCGCCGGCCGCCGCCGCCGCCGCCGCAGCCCCACCGGCCGCCGCCGUCGCCAACCACCACCAUCACCACCACCACGUACUCCACGAGGCGCCCAGGUUCACCGUGGAGACGCUGGAGCACACGGUCAACAACGACUCCGAGAUUUGGGGGCUCCUGCAGCCCUACCAGCACCUCAUCUGCGGGAAGAAUGCCAGCGGAGUGCUGUGCCUACCAGACAGCCUGAACCUUCACAGGGACCCGCAGCGGUCAAACAAGCCGGGGGACCUGCCCAUGUUCAGCCAGUCGGAGUUGAGGACCAUCGAGCAGUCCUUGCUGGCCACCCGCGUGGGCAGCAUUGCAGAACUAAGUGACCUGGUGUCCCGAGCAAUGCAUCACCUGCAGCCCCUCAAUGCCAAGCACCACGGCAACGGCACCCCCCUGCACCAGAAGCAGGGGGCGCUCUACUGGGAGCCGGAGGCCCUGUACACCCUGUGCUAUUUCAUGCACUGCCCUCAAAUGGAAUGGGAAAAUCCCAACGUGGAGCCUUCCAAAGUCAACCUCCAGGUGGAAAGGCCCUUCCUCGUUCUGCCGCCGCUGAUGGAGUGGAUCCGGGUGGCCGUGGCGCACGCCGGCCACCGCCGCAGCUUCUCCAUGGACAGCGACGACGUCCGCCAGGCGGCCCGGCUGCUUCUGCCCGGCGUGGACUGCGAGCCGCGCCAGCUCAGGGCCGACGACUGCUUUUGUGCUUCUCGGAAGCUGGAUGCAGUGGCCAUCGAAGCCAAGUUUAAGCAGGACCUGGGUUUCCGGAUGCUGAACUGUGGGCGGACGGACCUGGUGAAGCAGGCAGUGUCUCUCCUGGGGCCCGAUGGGAUCAACACCAUGAGUGAACAGGGCAUGACCCCCCUGAUGUACGCCUGCGUCCGUGGGGACGAGGCGAUGGUUCAGAUGCUGCUGGAUGCCGGAGCUGACCUGAAUGUCGAGGUUGUCAGUACUCCUCAUAAAUAUCCAUCCGUCCACCCCGAGACCCGCCAUUGGACGGCUCUGACUUUUGCUGUGUUGCAUGGACAUAUUCCUGUAGUUCAGCUGCUCCUGGAUGCCGGGGCCAAGGUGGAAGGCUCCGUGGAGCAUGGUGAGGAGAACUACUCGGAAACACCCCUCCAGCUGGCUGCUGCCGUAGGAAAUUUUGAGCUGGUUAGUUUGCUGUUGGAGCGUGGCGCGGAUCCCCUGAUAGGAACCAUGUACAGGAAUGGAAUUUCUACCACCCCCCAGGGUGAUAUGAACUCUUUCAGCCAGGCUGCAGCCCACGGACACAGGAAUGUGUUCCGCAAACUGCUCGCUCAGCCAGAGAAGGAGAAGAGUGAUAUCCUAUCCCUGGAGGAGAUUCUGGCCGAGGGGACUGACCUGGCGGAGACAGCCCCGCCUCCCCUGUGUGCCAGCCGCAACAGCAAGGCCAAACUGAGAGCCCUGAGGGAGGCCAUGUAUCACAGCGCUGAGCAUGGCUACGUGGAUGUCACAAUUGAUAUCAGGAGCAUAGGGGUCCCUUGGACACUGCACACGUGGCUAGAGUCUUUGCGGAUCGCCUUCCAGCAACACCGUAGGCCUCUCAUCCAGUGCCUGUUGAAGGAGUUCAAGACCAUUCAGGAGGAAGAGUACACGGAGGAGCUCAUUACCCAAGGCCUGCCCCUGAUGUUUGAGAUCUUGAAAGCGAGCAAGAACGAGGUCAUCAGCCAGCAGCUGUGCGUCAUCUUCACCCACUGCUAUGGGCCCUACCCCAUCCCCAAGCUCACGGAGAUCAAGCGCAAACAGACCUCGCGCCUGGAUCCUCAUUUCCUUAACAAUAAAGAAAUGUCUGAUGUUACCUUUCUGGUAGAAGGAAGACCGUUUUACGCUCACAAAGUGCUGUUAUUCACGGCCUCUCCCAGGUUCAAAGCGCUCCUGUCCAGCAAACCAACAAAUGACAGCACCUGCAUAGAGAUCGGUUAUGUGAAGUACCCCAUCUUUCAGCUGGUCAUGCAGUAUCUCUACUAUGGUGGUCCAGAGUCACUGCUCAUUAAAAACAAUGAGAUAAUGGAGCUUCUGUCUGCCGCUAAAUUUUUCCAGCUGGAGGCUUUGCAGCGACACUGUGAGAUCAUCUGCGCAAAGAGCAUUAACACUGACAACUGUGUGGAUAUUUACAAUCACGCCAAGUUCCUUGGAGUCACAGAGCUCUCCGCAUACUGUGAAGGCUACUUUCUCAAAAACAUGAUGGUCCUCAUUGAAAACGAAGCCUUCAAGCAGCUCCUCUAUGACAAAAAUGGCGAAGGGACAGGCCAGGAUGUGCUCCAGGACUUACAGAGGACGUUGGCCAUCAGGAUUCAGUCAAUCCACUUGUCCUCUUCCAAAGGUUCUGUCGUAUGAAACGUCCAGAGCAGGGAACAGUUCCCGGGGACUUUCCAGAUCCUGCUGCUGCAUUGGCUUCACACAAACACAUACCAAGUUCACCUGGCAUCUGUUUUUGGCUAGGCCAAGGAGCUGUCUCCACUGCCUCAGCUUCUCUCGAAUAAGCAAUUUCAGCUCCCGUGCGUUCCUGUUGAAAAACAAAGGACAUGCCACCAGUCAGAUGGCAGUGGGGUCCAGCGCGCGAAGGUCAACAUGGGGCAGCCAAGCCAAGCCCAUCGGAAAGCACCCCUGGGGCGGUCCAACACCCGUCGCCGGGACCACCGUCCAAUGGAUGGAUUGAGGACUAAAGGUCGUCUGGGUUGCCGGUUGAGAGCCAGAGAACGUAACUGGUCUGACCCUGACGAGCAUCGUGUUCCCAUGAAGGACCUUCGUCACUGCAGUUCAGGGAGAGUCAGCCAUGGUAGCAAAUUUGCGAGACUGUUACCAAGAGCGAAGAAAUAAUUUGGCAAAUUUUUAGGGGUGGGAACUUUUUAAAAUAUUCAUAACAAAACAAAAAAACAGGGCAGCCUUGUAGUUUAAAAUCUAUUUCUAAAAGCUUAACAGUUCAUUUUCAAUUGAAUUGUGUUUAGGGAUCUGUGUUUUGAGUUUUGUUUUUGUUUUUGUUUU